AUGGUGGCCUACGGCGCGUUUCGUGCGGCGUGCGCGGCGUUCCUGGCCGGGGAGCGUGGGCCGCUCGGCGACGGGUGGGCGUGGCGCGAGGUCGAGGGCGCAGCGCACAUGUCGUAUCUACAUAGAGAGUGGGAGGUCACGGCGGACGACGACUGGGGCGUGCCGGAGGCGUACGCGGCCGAUAGCCCCUUUGCGCAAGUGCGCCGUGCGCUGACCGUGGAGCAGAGCGUGUGCUGGUCGCCGAUCUGGGAGGUGCCUGUGUUCUACAUGGAUGCGCGCUGGGGCAAAGCGUCUUUAUCGCUCGAGGACCUGGUCGCCGCGGCGCUGUAUGCCGGCCACGACGCGAGCCUCGAGCGUGGCGUGCAUCCUGCGACCGGCGCGGCGUGCUGUUGA